ACCGAAGGCCACCUACUCGAAGGUAGAAGAGAACCUGAAAGCUGCGAAGGCGACAGAAAUGGCCGGAAAAACCCUCGACUCCAUUACUCCUCAAGACAUCGCGGCUCUUGGCAUACCACCCGAAGUGGCCGAGAAGCUCCACCAAACUCUCCUCCAAAUCAUCACCAGCUGCGGAGCGGCCACUCCCCAGACUUGGAGCCGCAUCUCCAAAGAACUCCUUAACCCUGAUAUCCCCUACUCCCUUCACCAGAUGAUGUACUAUGGCUGUUACUCUCAUUUCGGACCUGAUCCUCCCGCUUGGUUACCCGACCCGGAGAACGUGAUGUUGACAAAUGUUGGCCAAUUAUUAGAGAGGCGUGGAAAGGAGUUUUUGGGUUCAAGGUAUAAGGAUCCCAUUUCAAGCUUUUCUGAUUUCCAGGAAUUUUCAGUCUCAAAUCCUGAGGUUUAUUGGAAAACUGUAUUGGACGAACUGAGCAUAUCAUUUUCAGUGCCUCCCCAAUGUGUAUUAUAUGAUAAUCCAUCUAGGGAAAAUGGCUUGUCUUACCCAGGAGGUCGAUGGCUUCCAGGAGCAUUCACAAAUCCUGCAAGGAAUUGCUUGAGUGUGAAUGAUAAGAGAACUCUGGAUGACACCGUGGUAAUAUGGCAUGAUGAAGGAGAUGAUGGUAUGCCUAUAAAUAGGAUGACCCUUGAAGAAUUGCGUAGAGAGGUUUGGUCAGUUGCAUAUGCUCUCGACACACUGGGUUUGGAGAAAGGAUCUGCAAUUGCAAUUGAUAUGCCAAUGAAUGCCAGUUCUGUGGUUAUCUACCUAGCUAUUGUCCUUGCGGGCUACAUAGUUGUAUCUAUUGCUGAUAGUUUUGCUUCACGUGAGAUCUCAACAAGGCUUAAAAUAUCUAAUGCAAAAGCAAUAUUUACUCAGGAUUUUAUCAUUCGUGGUGACAAAAGUCUACCUUUGUAUAGUAGAGUUGUUGAUGCACAAUCACCUACCGCAAUUGUUAUCCCAGCUGGAGGCUCUAGCUUCAGCAUGGAAUUGCGUGAUGGUGACAUGUCAUGGCAUGAUUUUUUGCAAAGAGCAAUAAAUUCUAGAGAUGAUGAGUUUGCUGCAAUAGAACAACCGAUAGAGGCAUUCACGAACAUCCUCUUCUCAUCUGGAACUACAGGGGAGCCAAAGGCAAUUCCAUGGACCAAUGCUACUCCUUUGAAGGCUGCUGCAGAUGCAUGGUGCCACAUGGAUAUCCGAAAAGGUGAUAUUGUUGCCUGGCCCACUAAUCUUGGGUGGAUGAUGGGUCCUUGGCUAGUUUAUGCUUCAUUGUUGAAUGGGGCAACCAUUGCUUUAUAUAAUGGAGCCCCCCUUGGUUCUGGAUUUGCCAAAUUUGUACAGGAUGCCAAGGUAACAAUGCUUGGUGUGAUCCCAAGUAUUGUUCGGACAUGGAAGAGUACAAAUUGCACAGCAGGUUUAGAUUGGUCAAGCAUCCGGUGCUUUGCCUCUACUGGUGAGGCAUCCAGUGUAGAUGAAUACCUUUGGUUGAUGGGGAGAGCCCAGUACAAGCCUAUCAUUGAGUAUUGUGGUGGCACAGAGAUUGGUGGUGGUUUUGUUACUGGUUCAUUACUGCAGGCUCAAUCGUUGGCUGCUUUUAGCACACCUGCUAUGGGCUGCAGUUUGUUUAUUAUUGGUGAUGAUGGGAAUCUCCUGCCACAAGAUGCAUCAGGGAUGGGUGAAUUAGCCCUUGGUCCCCUUAUGUUUGGAGCUUCAACUACACUACUGAAUGCUGAUCAUUAUGAUGUCUACUUCAAAGGAAUGCCCAUUUGGAAUGGAAAGGUUUUGCGGAGGCAUGGGGAUGUAUUUGAGCGUACUUCUAGAGGAUACUAUCGUGCGCAUGGUCGAGCAGACGAUACCAUGAAUAUUGGGGGUAUUAAGGUGAGUUCUGUUGAGAUUGAGCGCAUCUGUAACACAGUCCACAGCAGUGUCCUUGAGACAGCUGCCAUUGGGAUGCCUCCUCCUGGAGGUGGGCCUGAGCGGUUGGUGAUCGUUGUUGUAUUCAAGGACUCAAAUAACUCAAUCCCAGAUCUGAAUGAGUUGAGGAUAGCUUUCAAUUCAGCAGUGCAGAAAAAACUGAAUCCUUUAUUCAGGGUUUCUCAUAUUGAGCCCGUUCCAUCUCUUCCAAGGACUGCAACAAAUAAGGUUAUGAGAAGGGUGUUGCGGCAGCAACUUGCUCAACUUAGCUCAACUUCUAAGUUCUGAUACUUUCAUUGUACAAGAAGAUGAGAAACUUUUCUAUUCAAUUUUUUUUACUCUUUAGGGAGAAUAAUAGGAUGCUUGUGAUAAAUCCUCAAGACACAUGUAGGACAAUUGCUACCAUACCAAUAAAGCCAUGUGCAUGAGAAAACAGGAACCAUUCAAUAUAUAAACUUUCUAUUUUAUUUUUAUU